AUGGCAUAUCUCCUCAUCGCCGCCGGUGUCCAUCUCCGACAAAAGCUCCAGGAACGAAAAGAAUUUCAGCGCGAGAAGAAGCGGCAAGCGUAUGAAGCGCGGUAUCGCGACUUGGAGCAGGAACAUACCACUGGGAUUGGCCGGGCCGAGCCAGCGAGUGGGCGUAUGGAUACGCAACAUGUGGAGUCUGCCGUCGUGAGUCAAGACGGGCAGAGAAGAAGUAGUAUGGAAGACGACACCCAAGCCAGCUACCCCGAUCUCGAGCGACGCGAUGCCUCUCCAGACACUGUCACGAACGGGCGAGCGCCUAGCGUGGCGCCGGACGAUGAGCCAAAGGAGAGAAAAGACUCGAGAAAGAUCGUAUCGUUCAGCUCGAGCGACCCAGAGAAUCCCUACAACUGGCCGCGCAGAAAGAAACUAUACAUUUUCUUCACCGGCAUGAUAACCGUCAUGAACAGCACCAUUUCCUCGUCUUUACCGAGCGGAGCAAUCGAUUUCAUUGCAGAACAUUUUGGCAUCACACAAGAACUUCAACUUCCAUUGCCAAUAACAUGUUUCCUGGCGGGUUAUGUGGUAGGGCCCACGCUCUGUGGCCCACUGUCUGAAAACAACGGGCGACAACGAGUCAUCUUAUCAUUCUUCGUCAUGUCUACCCUAUUCAGCAUGGCCUGUGCGGUGGCCCCUAACUGGCCUUGUCUGCUCUUUUUCCGCUUCAUGUGUGGCGUUGGAUUCUCGGGGCCGGUCGCGAUCACGGGAGGAUUAUAUGCCGACGUAUAUAAUGAUCCAAGGCAGCGUGGGUUGGCGAUGGCUUGGUUCAUGGUUGCAACGACGUUCGGUCCCAUCAUAGCACCCGCAAUUUCAGGGUUCAUCGCAGAGAAUACCUCGUGGCGAUGGGUAUUUGCCGUGGGCACACUGCUCGCGGUCGGGACAAUCCCGUUCAUCAUUUUCAUGCCAGAAACCUACACCCCCGUCCUCCUGAGCCGCAAGGCAGCACGACUUCGCAAAGAAACAGGAGACCCCGACAUCGUUGCCAAGACCGACCUUCAAAAGAAAACGCUGCGUCACGUCAUCACCGUUGUCAUGACCCGGCCCUACCGCAUGCUGUUCCAGGAAGUCAUUGUCAUGUGCGUGGCAGCAUAUUGCUCUCUAGCGUACGCAAUCUUUUACCUGUAUUUCGAAGCAUACCCGAUCAUUUUCCAAGGCCCGGACUCGGUAUAUAAAUGGUCAUACGGGCUUGCCGGCCUCGCAUUCAUUCCCAUUGGAUUUGGAUCAAUCCUCGCGGCACCGAUAUAUCUUUGGUGGGACUCGUAUCUGGCAAAGGCGCAGAAAAGGCAUGCGAAGUGGGCACAACAGGAAGAGUACCGGCGACUACCGCUGGCUUGCAUCGGAGGGCCACUCUACGUGGUCUCUCUGUUCUGGAUUGGGUGGAGUGCCAAACCGGGCACCUAUUGGCUCGCGCCGGUCUCCUCAGGAAUCAUCUUUGGAGCAGCAUUCCUCCUCAUCUUCAUGGCCCUUCUCAACUACCUGACCGACGCUUACGAAACAUUUGCCGCCAGCGCGCAGGGCAUCACCAGUACCAGUCGAAGCGUGUUUGGUGCCCUUUUGCCACUAGCUGCGCACAGCAUGUUCUCCCACCUGGGCAUCGCCUGGGCGUGCAGUUUACUUGCAUUUCUGAGCAUGGGGAUGUGUCUGAUCCCCUUUGCAUUUAUCAAAUAUGGUGACCGGAUCCGUGACAACAGUAAGUUCUGCAAGCAAUUGAAGGAGAUCAAGGCUCGGGAAGCUGCGGAGAAUGAAGAACAAGAGAGGGAGGAAAGGCUGAGGGUUGAGAACGGAGAUAUGACAAGAGAAGUGAACAGGGCCACGAACGACGAAAAGAUGCUUGAACAGGUAUGA